UCUGCAGUGGAGCAGGAGCGGGACCUCCUGCAGCCUCGGCCCUACUGGAAGGAGUUCCGCUUCGACCUCACCCCCCUCCCUCAGGGGGAGACCGUGACAGCAGCCGAGUUCCGGAUCUACAAAACCCUGACGAUGGGUCAGAGGGCGAAUCGGACGUUGCACAUCUCGGUGUACGAGAUCCAGAGAGAGAACAGACACAGGGAGCCGGAGCUGGUGCUGCUGGACAUGCAGUCGGUGCCCGCAGGCCAGGAGGGCUGGCUGGCCUUCGACGUCACCACGGCCUCCAACCACUGGCUGCUCCACCCGCGCAGCAACCUGGGAAUCCGCCUGUACGUGGAGACGGAGGAGGACCGCUCCCUGUCCGCGGGCUGGAUCGGCCUGGUGGGCCGCCGGGGCCCCCGCUCCAAGCAGCCCUUCAUGGUGACCUUCUUCAGGGAGAGCCAGGUCCCGUGCCGGCCCCCCCGAGCCGUCAAGCCUCACCCCCGCAGGAAGAAACCCAAAUACGACCUCCCGGUUCCCAGCAUCCACAAUCGGAGUCCGGCCAACAGCGGGGGUCAGCCGUGUAAGAAGCACGAGCUCUACGUCAGCUUCAGUGACCUGGGAUGGAAGGACUGGGUUCUGGCUCCGACUGGAUAUUCGGCCUACUACUGUGACGGAGAGUGUUUCUAUCCUCUGGGCUCCUGCAUGAACGCCACCAACCACGCACUCAUCCAGCAAGUGGUUCACCUCCUGAAGCCGGACGAGGUCCCGAAGGCGUGUUGCGCUCCCACCAAGCUCAGCCCGAUCUCCGUCCUCUUCUACGACGACAACAACAACGUGAUCCUCAAGAAGCAUCGAAACAUGGUGGUGAAGACCUGCGGGUGUCUAUGAUGACUGGGGAACUCAAACCAGUGACACGCUGGUUCCACUGUACUGGGAUCACUUUGUCUCCCACAGAGUUUUUACUGAAAAGCUUUAAAUCUUUAAAUCACAUUUUCCAGACUGAGGAAAUUUGUUUAUGUUCAGAAUGUUUAUUUUUCAAUCCGUCCUGUGGCUGAAUCUCAAUCUUUGACUCUAAAGCUGUCGGCUCCUUUGUUUGGAGCAAAGCUUGAAUGAUGAAGGACGUUUAAAAGCACAAAUGUUAAACUGCAUUAAACAUUAGAAUCUUCUUCCUCUUCCUCUUCCUCACCUGGAGACAAACUCUCACACAUGUUUUUUACAGGUUUCAGUGACUCAGAUGGCAAAUGAUGUUUAACGGCUCCACACGCCGUUAGUGAUGCCUGGUUUGUUUUUGUUGUUUUCAACAUGAAUCUAUAAGAAGAGAAUUUUACAAAUGUAUUCAAUGAAUAAAGAUAUUUACAUUAUCUUCA